AUGGAACAAAUCACGGUUGACGAUAGAGACCCUCGUAUCAUCUAUUUCGGGAGCUGGACAUAUGGUGGUGUGCAGCAGGAGUACUGGGGGACUACAUCCGGCACUUGGAUUGGCGUGUACGGUACUGUGGGUCCCCAGGGUGCCAAUGCUUCCUUCAUCUUGGAUGACGGCGCGGCCACACCGUAUUUGUACAUAUCUCCCCCGACCACCGAAUACCAUCAGGCCUAUUUCGAAUCGGACCCGCUUUCUCUUGGAGAACACACUAUUAAGAUGACGAACUUGGGGAACGGUACUGCUAGCUUCCUG